CCAAAAGAAGAUCUAGAGCUACAGGACAAUGAGUAGGAGAAUGGGUGACUAUAUGCGUUUGCUUGACAGUGAAUUCAAUGAAACAUCAUCUUUCUCUUCUGUCUUGGAAGGAGAAGAUGAAAUUGAGAUUGAUCUUGGCCAUACUGAUUUAAAAUGGAUUUCUAAUCUGACACUCGUGCUGGUGGGUAAGACCGGUGAGGGAAAAAGUGCAACAGGAAACACCAUCCUGGGCAGGAAAAUGUUUGAAUCAAAGCCCUCUGCUGGAAGUGUGACUAGAGAAACUAAAAGAGUUGAUGGGUUAGUGGUGGGUAGAAAGACUACAGUCAUUGAUACUCCUGGGUUUUUUGAUAAUGUAAUGGAUGACAAAUCAAUGAGGAAGGAAAUGAAAAGGUGUCUUGAGAUUAUCCCAAAACCAUACGGACUACAUGCCAUUCUGCUUGUUGUCAGCCUGACAGGGAGGUUCACUCAAGAGGACAAUAAUGCUGUGAAGUGGAUCCAGAGUAAUUUUGGAGAAGAUUCUGUGAAAUACACCAUCAUUCUGUUCACUCAUGCCGAUCAGCUAAAUGGGACAAAGCUGAAAGAUUACAUACAGAGUUCACAAGCACUUACAGAUGUGAUUAUAAGCUGUGGUGGCAGAUAUCAUGCAGUAAACAACAGGAACAUAACAGAUCGUACACAGGUUACAGAGCUGCUGAAGAUCAUAGAUAAAAUGGUGCAGGACAAUGGAGGACACCUGUACACCAAUGACAUGUUUAGCAAAGCCCAGAAAAAGAUUGACCGCCAUAAAAAGUUAGAAAAGGUAAAGGAUGUAGCUCUAGCAGUGGGUACUGGAGUAGGAACAGCAGGAGCUAUAGCUGGUGGGGUAGUGCUGGGUGUAACAGAACUAGUAGCACUACCAGCUGUGGUACUAGGAGCAGGUGCUGCAGUGGCUGUGGGAUCAGGCAUCAACUUGGCAGUGAAGAAGUUUAGGAGUAAUAAUGAAAAUGAAGCAAAAAAAAGUAGAUAAAUGAGUAGGACUCAAAUUAGAGAGUCUGA